AUGCCCGUCUUUCAGCCGGCCAACCAGAUCAAACUCACAAACGUGUCAGUCGUGCGUUUACGCAAGGCAGGCAAACGCUUCGAGAUCGCCUGCUACAAGAACAAGGUGCGCGAAUGGCGAACCGGCGUCGAAACCGACUUGGACGAAGUCGUGCAGAUCGAAAACGUCUUUGUCAAUGUCAGCAAGGGUCAAGUGGCGCCAUCGGAUGAUUUGCAAAAGGCGUUUGGCACCACCGAGAUCCCCAAGAUCUUGCAAGAGAUUUUGAAAAAGGGAGAGUUGCAGGUCGGGGACAAAGAGAGGCAGCACGAAUUGUCCAACACCUGGAAGGACAUCGCGACGCAGGUGGCUGAGAAGUGUGUCGAUCCAGGCAGUCAACGACCGUAUACUGUCGGCAUGAUCGAGAAAGCCAUGCACGACGUUCACUACUCGGUCAAACCCGCCAGAAGCGCCAAACAACAGGCUUUAGACGUCAUCCGGCUACUCCAAGAAAAGCAAACCAUCCCUAUCGAACGGGCACGCAUGCGCGUCCGCAUCACCAUGCCCAACAAGGACGGCAAGAAGCUCAAAGACAAAUUGCUCCCGCUCACCGACAAAGUCGAAGAUGAGGACUGGUCCGACGAGUGGGAGUUGAUUGCAUUUAUUGACCCCGGUGCGCUCAAGACCAUCAACGAGCUGAUCCAGUCUGAGAUCAAGGGAAGAGGCAAUGUCGAGACGCUCAAUUUCACCACGAUCCGAGAAGGAGAUGGCGACGAGAGGUUGGAGUAG